AUGGCUACUAAACCUAAGAAAGUUACAUAUAGAGAUCCAGCAGACGAUAAUGCUGAUUAUCUUGUACCUGUACGAUAUGAUUUACCAAAUCGAACAAAAUCAGUACCGCGAGGUGGAUAUUUAGGUUCUAUUUAUCUACCUAUUUCACUUCUUCUCUAUGUUGGUGUACCUAUUUCACAAUUUGUAAUUGGUCUUAUUUAUGUUGGUCGAUGUACAAUUCGACAAUUUAUAUCUCCAUAUAUGAUUCUUAGUGGCGCAUUUGGUAUUGCUUUUGUAAUUGUUGGUUUAAUUAUAUUUAUGCAAGUUACGAAACAAUCAUCAUUAUCUUAUGAAAGUCCUCGACCAAAUCCAAUGAUAUUAAAAAUUCUUUUUCCAACAUUUAUUUUUCUUUUUCUAUUCGUUAUUGGAUGGUUUAUUGCUGGACAAGUUAUUGUCUUUGAAGUUAAAUUAGAUGUCGAAUUUUUUGAUCCAGUAUUACCGGAAUAUUGUCAUGGUAAUUUGUACAAAGCUGCAUAUAUACUUAUUUUCGUAGAUUAUCUUCUUGCUCUUAUUGCUAUUAUAUUAUUCGCACUCAAUCGUGUUUCACCACCAGAAACAGCUGAUACUAAGAAAACAAAACGUCCAGUUCGUAAUACACGAAAAUAA